GCAGCUUUCCUAAGCGCACCGCCAGCUGUCAAAUAGCAAAACUCUUCCGUUUAGCUUCACAGAAUAGCUUGCAGUCAGUUUCUCUCUGAAUUGAUGUUGUUUGGUGGUUUUAAUACGAACAUUUAAUCGUUAUGCGUGAUACACAACAACACGACAGCUAGUUUUGGACUGAAUUCACUUGACGUUGUGAUUUUUUCCUCGUCAAACAUGGAGAAAUUUGAAGGCUACAUCUUCACUGCUCUCUGCAGCACCAACUUCCUGAUUUCCUGCCUGCUGUUCUCUAAAGUUACCCGGGAGCAGAGGGAGCCCUACAUGGACGAGAUUUUUCACGUUCCGCAGGCUCAGAAAUACUGUCACGGGAAGUUCAACGAGUGGGAUCCGAUGAUCACCACCCUCCCAGGCCUUUACCUUGCCUCCGUGGGAGUCAUCAAGCCUGUGGUGUGGCUCGCUGACCUGACCGGCAAAGUGGUUUGUUCCACUGCCAUGCUGCGCUUCAUCAACCUGCUCUUCAACUGCGGCAACCUUUACCUGAUCUACCUGCUCAUCUGCAAGUUGCACCUCAGGGAGAAGACACGAACAACCUCACGUCGGGUCCUGUCAGCGUUGUCUCUGUCCACCUUCCCUGUGCUGUAUUUCUUCAACUUCCUCUACUACACCGACGCCGGAUCUACUUUCUUCACCCUCUUCACCUACCUCAUGACGCUCUACGGCUGCCACAAGGCCGCUGCGCUCCUCGGCGUCUGCUCCGUGCUCUUCCGCCAGACCAACAUCAUCUGGGUCGCCUUUUGCGCAGGAACUCUGGUGGCCGCCAAGAUGGACGAGGCCUGGAGGGUGGAGCACACGAAAAAGAGGGACGAGAAGUCGCCGCCGUUGCAAGUUCCGCUGUCGUUUAGCGGAGUGAAGAAGAUAAUCCUGUUCACCGUGGAGUUCCUCACCUCCCCUGGUCAUGUGAAGGCGGUGCUGCUGGUGGCUUGGCCUUACGCAGCGGUCGGUGUUGGUUUCCUGGCGUUCGUGGUGCUGAAUGACGGGAUUGUAGUCGGCGACAGGACGAGCCACGAGGCCUGCCUCAACUUCCCACAGCUCUUCUAUUUCUUCUCUUUCUCCCUUUUCUUUUCCCUCCCCGUCUCGCUUUGUUACCACCGAGUCCUCCGCUUCCUGCAGGCUCUGAAAAAGCAACCUUUGUUCUUCCUCUUCGUCUCUGCCGUCUGUUUGCUCCUGGUUUGGAAGUUCACCUUCGUGCACAAGUACCUCCUCGCAGAUAACCGUCAUUUCCCCUUCUACGUGUGGAGAAAACUCUUCCAGAGACAUGAGCUGGUGCGCUUCCUCCUCGUCCCCGUGUACGUCUUCGCCGGGUGGAAUUUCCUGGACUCCUUCAAGUCACGCUCGCUCUUCUGGAGCCUGGCCUUCCUGACAUGCCUCCUGGCUGCCACAGUUCCCCAGAAGCUCUUGGAGUUCAGGUACUUCAUUGUUCCCUACCUGAUGUACCGCCUGCACAUGCCUCUCCCCUCGCUUCCCAGACUCGUUGUCGAGUUCCUGCUGUACACGGCUGUAAACACUGCCACCAUUUAUAUCUUCAUCACAAAGACCUUCCACUGGCCGGACACCACAGCCACACAAAGGUUCAUGUGGUGAAGAACAGAGGAUUUUUUUUAUAAGGAACUUCUCUGUGCCACCUUACAGACUGCCAUUAUGUGUGACCGCUCAGAAAACAAAACCUGCGUUACAUCAAACAAAAAUGGCACUUCUGAGUAUUUGCAUUGUUUUUACACAGGGCAAUGAAAUGGUGAUUAGAGGUCGACCGAUUGUGUGAUCUGAUAUUCAGCAAUUUCCAGUUAUAAUUAUUCUUCUUGAUAAAAUAAAUGAAUAUUCUGAACUCCAAAACCUCCUGUGAGGUUUGACAGUCAAGUUAUCACCAAUAGUACGUCAUCCGUGAGAGCAAGAAACUGUAUAAACGUAAAGAAUCGUUAGACUUUCCAUCAAAGCUGGACCCUCUACACGAGGCGUCAUUCCAUCAAUGAAAUCUACCAAAUUUAAGCUUAAAAUUGUGAUGAUAUCAAAAUCUGGUUAUUCCACAUGUUACGUUUAGGAAUUUACCAAGAAGAAAAUGUUUGCUCUGACCAAACUGUUUUUUGUUUUUUAAAAAAAAAUCUAAAUUCUGUGCUCCUCAGUGCAACCAUGAAGCCAUGACUGACUCAGCGACAAAAACAUCACGACAACAAUUCAGGGACAUUCGGUUGACCUGCAGGCAGUGCUUACACAGAACAGAUAAGAGACAAAUGUAAAUAGGAAAAUAUAUGUAGACUCUUAAGUUAUUUUCUAGUAUUUGUAACAUUUGGGGGCAGUUGUAAAUGUUGAUUCCAAUUUUUUUCCCCAAUUUCUGUAAAAAAAUAAUCAAAGAAAUUCAAUUUUUGUUUUAAUUUUUUCAGGAUUUAUGGGAUUAUAACUGCACAGAAGAGUUAUUUUUUGGUUCUUACCAUGGUUGUUCUGUUUCCACAGAAAUGUUGAACUUUAUAUUACAGUAAAAAAAUGAACCCACAGUGAGUAAAAAUGGGGCGAUAUUACCCAGAAACAGCUUGGGGUAAAGAGGGUUCAUUUAAAAAUGUGCUACUUUUGAACUGAUGCAACUGGCAACUUUUGGUAUUCAAAGUUUUCAUUGUUACUGCCAAUGUCUAUCAACUCAGAAUACUAGUUGUCAGUCUUCUCGAUUAUUAGUAAUCAAAAUCAGCCUUGACAAACCAUAUUGGUCGACCCCUUUUGGGGAUUGCCAAAACUUACACAGAGGGUCAACUUUUCUAGUUAAAAGAUGGAAUUUUAAAACUUUGUAAGAGAUGUUAAAAAUGUUUUGGUUUGAGUAAAGUUUCUCAACAAAGGCUAUGAACCCUGAACAAGUCCUGCCUGUUUACCUUAAAUCAGUUGUCAAUUAUGUGAAAAUUACAAGAAUAUUAAUUUAAAGUCUAUCUCUGGUUGUUGAUUAAACCCCUAAGAACUCAUCUUUGUGUAUCAUAGUUACACAAUAAGAAGUUUGCCCAUUAAUAUAAUUACCUUCCUGACUUAAAAUGGCUUAGAUAUGACUCUACACUGUUGCCUCCUUGUGUAUUAUUUAUGAAGCCCCCGCCUCUAUUUACACUCACCCCUCCUCAUUCACUGCAGCUCAGCACACCAGCUCACCUCCAGCUCAAACACUGCAAAAUUACUCUGUGCUACACAAUGACAAGUUGGAAUAUCAUCGGAAUUCAGCCAAAGUUGCUCAAACCGGAAACGGAUUCUGCAGAAGAAUUAUAAUUUGUCUUCCAGCACAACUAAAAAAAAUUGUAAACUCACUGGAGGGGGUCUUUAAUCAUAAAUAUUGACAGUUCAGUGUUGGUAUCAGUAAUGUAAAAAUCACUGGUACUGCUCUCAAUCACAGUGGUUUGUUUUGAAGAGAAUUUACUGUAUAUAAAACUUGUUUCUACCUAAAAGUGUAAUUUUGACAUUUUCUGUGAAUUAAAUGUGACGCAGACAUUUCUAAUAGAUUUUUUUUUCUUACUUUAAAUGUAAAAAUAAAAGUCAUACUAAUCCCAUUUUGUGGAUACAACUGUUGAACAAGCUGUAAAUAUGAUUAAAGAGACCAAAAUAGCCAUAUCACUAUGAACUUUUACUGUACAGUAAGGUUGACGGAUGACUGAGCUGAAGUUAAAUUUUUUAUUUUUUUUUGCCAAUGAAGAGCACUGAUGGACACGUUUGACUUUUUAAUAAUGGGACCAUUUGAAGAUCUACAUCUGUUUUGCAUUUCUACUUUGACAAAGCCAUACAGAUCCACUGGAGGAGAUUUUCAUUGUUAAUUUAGACGUUUUUAUUUGUGAAGUUUACUUUUUGUGCUUUGUGACGCACUUCUGGCCUUCUGUAUGCUCCCUCAUCUGUAUGAUUGUGUGUUUUGGUAUGUAUGGUUAAUUUCACUGUUUUUUUUUUCCUACUCUAUUGCCUGAGACGUAAUGAUGAAGCAGAUGUCGAACCCCAUUAACUCUGGUUGCGUCGGUUUGUGAGUUUAAGCGAUGAAACUGAGAUAAAUCUGCAUCAAAAUUUGUGAUUUUAGACUUUGUUUUUGCAUCAAAUAUGUCUGACUUACAUGCAGUUCUGUGACUUUUCAUGUGGUCUUGUGUCCCUCUUUCCAUCCAGCUGUAUGUUUGCUGCUCCGUGUUGAUACAACCUUGGAAUAAAAUGUCUUCAAUUAA